AUUGUAUCCGACAUCCAGGACGGUAGCAUCGCCUCAGCGCAGCCACUGGCAAAGGGCAAGCAAGCACCAUCGAUCAGGCACGCAGCCAGCUACGGCAACAGCCAUCUCCUCUCGCGCAUCGGCGUCGUCACCGUUGCGCCAUGGCACCCCCUACGCCUCCCGCUGCAUCUGUAUCCACCCCUGCCCAAGACUAUCAGACAUCCACAUCCUACACCAAUUCCUCCACUCCCUCUCGCGGCCCUCCACUGGCUGUCGCUUCCUCAUCUUCUUCUCCCUGGUCGCAUUGGUCUAGACCUCCGCAACAGGGUCCCUAUCCUUCGCACCACCACCUGCCUCCCAUCAGAGCCUCGCGCGACGGCGAAGCACACAACAGCUGGGCAGCUGCAUCUCCUUCAGCAGCCAGUGUCGUUUCCUCCCGAGGCGAAGAUCGUUCUCAUGGCGACGACGCCGGGCAAGACGACGAUGAGGAUUUUCGCUCCGGUUCAGGAAAGCAGUCUCCCUCCAAGAGGAACACUUCUGCAUCCAAUAAGCGUUCUCGGGUCCACUUCUCCUGUACCGAGUGUCAUCGUCGGAAGCAGAAGUGCAAUCGCCAGACGCCAUGCCAACACUGCAUCGCUCGCAAAGUGCCAGAUAGAUGCAAGACCUUCCAGCCUGGCCAGGAUGAGGCCAUGGACCUCACCGGCAGGGUCAACAAGCUUGAGAGGACCGUUGAGGAUGGCUUCGACAGGAUCAUGGCCAUGCUCAGUCGCCAGCAGAACGAUCAGGCUCGUUCACUACAGCCGCCCACCGGGUCGAAGGUGACAUCUUCGCAGCCUGUACGGACACGCCAUCCGACGUCCGGGAACGAGACUGCAGAUGAGGACGAGGCAAGCCAGGGAGCAGGGCUCAACGCCGCGGGCACUUUCCACGGCAGCGGCGCCACAAUGGCAAUGAAGAUCGACACCAUCCUUAGCGACGUUGGCGGCAAAGUGAGCGAUAAUGCCGUUCUCAGCAUGCCCAUGCGUAAGGUCGAGCCGGGCUGUCUCAACACCAAGAUGUGGGAGUACGGAGCAGGAGACAACGUCAGUGCUCCUCUGCUGGCUGCGUUGCCUGCCCCAGAUGUCUGUGAGAUCCUUCUUGCUCACUUCUGGAAGGAUCUCAAUUGGCUACGGCAUCCUCUCCCCGAAGGACUUGUCCGUCCCAUGAUUGAGGAGUUCCUUUCCAGCAAGGGAUCAAACGGAGAGUUUCCUCCAAUCUUGACGACGUCGAGCAUCAACGUCUAUGCAUGUCUGGCCCUCAUGCUUGCCAUUGCGUCGCUGAGCAUCGAGGACGACCGGUUACCUCGCGAAGCGGCCGCACGACGCUUGGCAGGCAGACGGCUAGAGCGGGCUGGACAGCAGGCUCUCAUGCUGAGUCAAGUACUGGGUAGAGACGACGUCGUUCAGAUCCUCAGCUUUGGUCUUGCAUGGAGAUUCCUGAUGAUCGACCGAAGGAUCAACGAAGCUUGGCGAUGCUCAGCUAGUGCCAUCCAAAGCGCGUAUUCUAUUGGUUUGCAUCGCGAUGGCAGCAAGCUCGGCUUACCGCAAAUGGAGACUGAUCUACGACGAGGCAUCUGGCAUUCGGUCCGGUUCGGUGAUGUCACCUUGGCAAUGAACCUGGGGAGACCCUCCAUUUCAGACCUCGGCAACGUCUUUUCCGAUACUCAGCAGCCUACAUCUGAAGGCAUGGACCACUGGUGGAAAUUCCAACGCCCCACGAGCCAUCCUAAUGCCAAGCCUGGGAUACCGCUGCCGAGCAUCCAUCAGUACACGGCGCAUCGCAACGAUCUUGCUCGCAUUGUGAGCAGAAUUGUGGAGAUCUACCAAAAGAUCGAGCCUCAUCAUUACUCCGACGUAACGGCGCUGGAUGCAGACAUAGCCAAGCUGCAGGAAGACCUGCCACACUACUAUAGAACGAAAAUCUGCCCCUCUGGAAAGGUAUCAUUUGAUGACAGUCUGGAUGAAGCAUUCGAUUUCCUGGUAGAGCAUCGCUUUCUGAUGCACAUGGAGAUCAACUACACCAGAAUCAAUCUACAUCGCUCCUAUCUCUUGCGGUCGGGAGUCAAAGGCCCAGGCGGUAGGCGCUUUGCGCCCUCGCGCCGUGCUUGUGUCGAGAGCGCGAUGCAGGAUUUGGCGAUGAGGGACGAAUUUGUCGAGAGCUUGAGGAAGAAGUACGGCAUGGGGAAAAUACCACUUUCUUACUACGUCCAGAUCGGCUCCUACUCUUGGUUUAAUUCCCUGCUCAUCGCCUCCAUCGCGGCGCUGCUCGACCCAACAAGUAUGCCAGAGUUGCCAGCGUUGAGGGAGCAAAUCAAGCGCUUCCUCAGCACGUACGAGAAGAGACAGACAGACGCGCGAGCUGCAGAAAUGAAGGAUGAUAUGAGGGACAGAGAGGCUUCCAUCAUCAAGAUGUUCUCGGAGGCCAUCGACAAGGUGGAGCAACAAAGAGGUAGCGGGAGAGAGCCUAGUGCGCCGAAGAAGCGGCGGUCCUUAGCUAUAGAAGAGAGCCGUGCAACAAAAAGGCGGCUUCAGGGGCAAGCCAGCGGCGACCUCAAGCAACUGGAUGCCGACGACGUCAAGGGAUCAUCGCCCGCGCCAGUAACGAGGGAGGAAGCAACAGCUGAUGUUCUGCUGGACUUGGGAAAACCCACUAACAACUCCAAGGGACCAUCGGCGUCGUCGCCCGUCCCCUCUGGGUUACCCUCACACGUCAGUGCAGACACUCCCCCCCUUUCAUCCUCCUCUCAACAACAGACUGGCUUCUCGUCCAGCCUCUCGACCAUCUCUGGAGACUCUCCUUCGUCUCGUGUGGUUGAUGACGCUCAGGCGGACCUCAAUGCUUGGUUCAAGAGAGAAUUUGCGGGGGGUUCUCUCGUCGACAACAGCCUCACCGAUCUUGGUCUUCCUGACGGCUCUCGGCCAGGAGCAGGUGGCGACAGCAGUCUACUGAACUCCCUUCUGGGCACAGGUGCUGGAGGCAGUGGAGGAUUCCCGGCGACUGGGAAUAAUCCUCCUUAUUCCGACUUUACUGGCGCCGGCAAUCAGCGCUCCACCUCGAGUCAAGGCAACGUACAGUGGGCAACCCUACCCCAACCUGCUUGGGGGAACAACGUUGGCAAUGCUUGGCCAUCGAACAUGCAGGGGCCGUCGAGUGCGAGCGUUGGCGCUUUCGGUGGCGCCAGCGGCCCGUCUUAUCUCGGUGGCACCGCUGUUCCUCGUCCGUCUGGAGAGCUACAGCCUGCCUUUGCCGUGGGCAACUCUCAGAAUGCCUUUCCACCUGGUGGUACUGGCGACAUAAUGGAUGAUUCAGGACGCAACGCAGCUGCAGGUGGAGGACUCGCUGGCGAGGGUAAUGCGCCCGGUGCAGGCGGAGAGACGAGCUUCGAUCCUGGAUUUUGGGCAGACUUGAUCAGCAAAAUCUCGAGGUAGGGGAGGGAGCUCUGAUGACUUCGAUCGAAACGGCUGGGCCGUGAGCAAGGGCCGGAGCUGUGGACGGACGACUGUGGCUGUGAUACCCUUGAGCUUGUUGACCUUGCUGCCGUCAUACCCAUCCCCAUGCUGUACACGCUCUAGUCUUUGCCUUGUGGCCCCCUCAAUUGUAGCCUUCGAUGUCUGAAC